AUGUCAGACCGCCAAGAUCCUGUGAUUUCUGCCGAACUUAAGGAAUGGCUUUUCUCUACUAUCGCAGAGUCCAUUCCUAAGGCUCUGGCAGCCUACCAUGAACGUAACACAGAGGUACACCCCUCUACACAACAACUUUCUGAUUCGGAGGACUCCCAUGUCUCCGACCAAGAUAACGCCCCGCGCAAGAGACCCUGGAAAGGGAAUAGCGCUACUGCCGGCAAAGGCAAAGCUCCUGCUAAGAUCAUUAAACAUUCUAACCCAUGCGUUACGCAGGAUGCCACAGACCCUCUAGAGGGUUCCACUUCACGUUUGUCUGGCCAUAUUUUAAGUGACUAUGACCCCAACUACUCUGAUGAGGAUCCCAUGGUGAAUGCGCCCCAGGAUUCUUCAACAUCGGAGUUCAUGAAAGAAACUUUCCUAGGUCAAGAUCACAAGAGUAAGGUACCUGACUCAGACACCCUCCUGGAUGCUUCAGGCCUUCCCCUUUUUGACCCAAGGGUGAUACGCCACCCGCGUUCAGCUGAAUGGGCUCCCCCAGAUCAUAUUGCUAAUUUCUGUAAACUGUGGCUUCGCAAGCCCCUCGAAAAAGAAAUAAGAAACAAACUAAGGGCUGAAUGCCCGAGACCUACUAUCCCAGGCAAAGUUGCCUCUACUCCUGAAUUUGACCCCAUGCUGGUCACCUAUUUAACGAAAUCUGGUAAAGACCCUUGUAAGGGUAUUGAGCAGGGUUUGAAAGCGACCCAAGACAAAUUAUUAGACAUUUCAGGUCCUAUCAUUCAAAUAUUUAUACUCGCAGAUGAGGCACUCAUUCAAAUAUUUAUACUCACAGUAUUAGAGAAUGGGCACAGAGAGCCCUAUGUUUAUUGGGCAACGCCAAUACGGCUAUUUCAAUUGAGAGACGCAAAGCGGCACUGUUCAAAAUCGAUGCCAAGUUAGUAGAAUUGAGCACUAAAGAACUAGGCCCAGAGGCCGAUGGUCUUCUAUUUGGUAACAGUUUCAUGCGAGACCUCUCCAAGCAUGUCUCAGUUUUUACCACACUCAAUAAAGCCCAGUCCUCCCUACGUAGGGUGUUCCGUUCCAAUACUCAAAAUCGUUUUUCUGGGAGAGCUGGUCGCUCAAGGGGCCUAGCUACCAGUAGAGCAGCCUUUACAGGCUACAGGCCCCGACCCACAGAGUAUUGGUCCACAGGAUACUCACGACCCUACCACAGACAGCUGUUCAGCACCAGAGGCUCAAUUCGAGGACGUGGCUCUGCAUCCCUGCGCGGACGCACUGCUUCAGGUAAUGGACCUUGCUUAUUUGAAAAAUUUAUCAAUCGCAGGUCGAUUAACAUUCUUUUUCCAACAGUGGAAACUUCUUUCUCAGGAUCUUUGGAUCCUUCAUACAGUCACAGGUUUCAAAAUAGAUUUUAUCACACAUCCAGUUCAAUACACUCAUCCGACACCCUUAGAGAUGUCAGAAACAGACACUCUAACCUUGAACACAGAACUGAACAAAUUGGUACACAAAGGGGCGAUCGAACCGUCGCCUUUCCCUUGCACCAUUCUCAGCAACAUAUUUCUCGUUCGAAAAAAGACGGGAGAUCACCGUCCCAUUAUCAACCUCAAGGCAUUGAAUCGCUUUAUCACAUACUGUCAUUUCAAGAUGGAAGGUAUCCAUCUUCUCAGGGACUUGCUCUGCGUGGGAGACUGGUUCUCCAGAUUCGACCUCAAGGAUGCUUAUCUGACGGUCCCUAUCGCACCAAGUCACCGUGCCUUCCUCCAAUUCCGGUGGCAAGGCGACAUUUGGCAGUUCACCUGCCUCCCUUUCGGACUUUGCUCCGCCCCUUGGUGUUUCACCAAGUUAAUGAAACCGGUCAUGGCACUCCUUCGUUCUCGGGGCAUACGUUCAAUUAUAUAUUUGGACGAUAUCCUGAUCAUGGCCCAAGACCAACAAUUACUUCGCAAACCCACACACAUGACCUCUGCCCUCCUCCAAAACCUAGGUUUUGUCAUAAAUUACCAGAAAUCAGAACUGGUUCCUUCUCAAAUAGUCCAGUUUCUGGGUUUUCAGAUAGAUUCAGUUCAAGCAACUCUACAGUUACCCUACUCCAAAAUCAAAAACAUAAAACGAGAGAUUCAAAAAUUACUCAGGUCACAACGACCUCGGCUCCGCGACCUAGCACACGUUCUGGGUCUUCUGUCUGCAUCAAUUCAGGCUAUUUUUCCAGGACCCUUGCAUUACAGAGCAAUGCAACGGCUGAAAACCUCCUAUUUACAUCGCUCGACCUCUUACGAUCAAUUCAUUUCCCUAACGGACGAAGUUCUCAUCGAACUUCACUGGUGGCUUCGCAAUAUGGAAGCCUGGAAUGGAAAAGCGAUUUUCGGAUCUCAACCAGAUUUUAUUAUGGAAUCCGAUGCCAGCCUACUCGGUUGGGGUGCUACGUGCGCCCAAACAUACACAGGGGGUCUCUGGUCCCCAUCAGAACAGGCACUUCACAUAAAUUGUCUCGAGCUCAUUGCCGGAUCCUUCGCGAUCCGCAGCUUUGCCAAACAAGCCUCCAACUGCUCUCUAGUACUUCGGAUGGACAACAUCUCCGCAGUACGAUACGUAAACCGACUCGGAGGGUCCAAAUUGAAACUGCUGUCAGACCUCACCAAGGAUCUGUAUCAGUUCUGCUUAGACAGGAAUCUGUCUAUUCGGGCAGAAUAUCUCCCAGGACCCGACAAUUUAGUCGCGGAUUGGUUUUCACGUCACUGGAGGGAUGCCAGCGACUGGCAAUUAGAUCCUCUCCUAUUCCACCACAUUCACCUAUUGCGAGGACCGCUCACUCUCGACCCUACUCCAAAAUCAAAAACAUAAAACGAGAGAUUCAAAAAUUACUCAGGUCACAACGACCUCGGCUCCGCGACCUAGCACACGUUCUGGGUCUUCUGUCUGCAUCAAUUCAGGCUAUUUUUCCAGGACCCUUGCAUUACAGAGCAAUGCAACGGCUGAAAACCUCCUAUUUACAUCGCUCGACCUCUUACGAUCAAUUCAUUUCCCUAACGGACGAAGUUCUCAUCGAACUUCACUGGUGGCUUCGCAAUAUGGAAGCCUGGAAUGGAAAAGCGAUUUUCGGAUCUCAACCAGAUUUUAUUAUGGAAUCCGAUGCCAGCCUACUCGGUUGGGGUGCUACGUGCGCCCAAACAUACACAGGGGGUCUCUGGUCCCCAUCAGAACAGGCACUUCACAUAAAUUGUCUCGAGCUCAUUGCCGGAUCCUUCGCGAUCCGCAGCUUUGCCAAACAAGCCUCCAACUGCUCUCUAGUACUUCGGAUGGACAACAUCUCCGCAGUACGAUACGUAAACCGACUCGGAGGGUCCAAAUUGAAACUGCUGUCAGACCUCACCAAGGAUCUGUAUCAGUUCUGCUUAGACAGGAAUCUGUCUAUUCGGGCAGAAUAUCUCCCAGGACCCGACAAUUUAGUCGCGGAUUGGUUUUCACGUCACUGGAGGGAUGCCAGCGACUGGCAAUUAGAUCCUCUCCUAUUCCACCACAUUCACCUAUUGCGGGGACCGCUCACUCUCGACCUCUUCGCGUCUCGGCUGAAUCGUCAGACAGACAAUUUUUUCAGCUGGUUACCAGACCCUCUAUCUCUGGCUGUCGACGCCUUUCUCCAACCUUGGCCACGGAGCGGAGCCUAUGCCUUCCCUCCUUUCUCAAUGAUUCAACGUACCCUCCACCAGGUCAAAUCACAGGGGGUCAGGAUUGUGAUAGUUACCCCUCUAUGGCGGGCCCAGACGUGGUUCCCCACCCUUCUGGAACUUUCCACAGAUUAUCCCAUCAUCCUACCUCGCUCACAUCGGGUUCUCAAGAACUCAACGGGCGACUACCACCCACUAGCCCUACAAGGCCACCUUCAAUUUGUGGCCUGGACAGUUUCAGGGGUGCUUGGCAUGUCGCAGGACUUUCAAGCACUGCUCAAACACUCCUGUGGGAUUCAUGGGCUCCAGGGACCAGGCGUACCUAUCUCGCCGCAUGGCGAGUUUGGGUCAGCUGGUGUCUGGAGAGGGAUUUCGAUCCCGUUUCAGCAUCUCUUUCAUCCAUUCUAAAUUUUCUAUCAUCACUUUUCGAACAAGGUAAAUCAUACCGGUCGAUUAAUAUUUUUCGUUCCGCCAUUUCGGCGGGACAUGACCCUAUUGAUAACUCUUUAGUUGGAAAACAUCCUUCUGUGUGCAGACUUUUACGAGGCAUUCGUUUGACGAGGCCACCCUCUGCCAAAUAUUCUGGUUUUUGGGAUAUAUCUCGAGUCUUCGCACUGUUAGAGUCCUGGCCCCCUAACGAGGCCUUAUCCCUUCGACAACUCUCUGCAAAACUAGCCCUGCUACUGUGCCCCACUAUUGCUCGCUGGAUAAGAUGGUUACUUAUCCAAGCGGGAAUUGAUAGAUCAUUCGGGGCCCACUCCGUUAGGGGAGCGGCCGCAUCCUCUGCCUUUCGCGCUGGCAGUUCACUGGCAGAUAUUUUGUCCUGCGCAGAUUGGUCAAGGGAAUCUACAUUUCGAAUUUUUUAUUUUAAACCUACACCACAUGCGGCUUGUUCUAUUAUUAGAGAGCGUUAAAACAGCAAAUAUGAAGCCUCCUGUCUUGCCAUAAAAUUAGGGAUUAUUCUAGCUUUCAGUGAACGAAUAAUCUAAAUUUUAUUAACCCCUUAGAACCGGAGGACGUACAAUUACGCCCUCUAAUAGGCGGCUCUAAACGCCGCCGGGCGUAAUUGUACGCCCUCCGGUUUUUGUUAACUUACCCGGUCGCCGGCGGUCCCACGCCGGCGAUCGCGGUUGGGGGGACUCCCAGGGAGCCCCCCGCGGCACGUCCGUCCUCGUCGAAGCCCCCGGCCAUGUGAGAGUGGGGUCCUAGCGAGGACCCCACAAUCACAUGGCCGGGGAUAGCUGGCUUCUGUAUUGCCGGCAGGGGGGCUGCCUGUAAUGACAGGUGGUCCCCCUGCUGGCUGAAAAUAAAAUAAAAAUAAGUUAAUGGUGUAAAAAAAAAUAAUUAUAUAUACUUAGAUCAUAUAUAUAUAUAUUAUAUAUAUAUGAUCUAAGUAUAUAUAUACACAUAUACAUACACACACAUACACCGUCUAGGUGUAUUUUACUAUUAAUAUAUAUAUAAUUAUAUAUAUAUAUUAAUAUCAAAUUACACGUAGACUGAUACUGAUUAAAUAUAUAUAUAAUUAUUGUUAUAUAUAUAUUUAUAUAUAAUAUAAAAAAAAUUAAAAUGUAAAUACGUUAAAAAAUAAAAUUAAAAAAAUAAUUAAAAAUAAAUAAUUAAAAAUAUAUAGAUGUGUGUUAUUUAGUUCUAACUGUAUUGUGAAAUUAAUAUAUAUAUAUAUAUAUAUAUCAAAAUACACGUAGAACGAAAUAAUAUAUAUCUAUAUACAUAAAUAUAUACGUAUAUAUCACUAUAUAUAUACCUAUAUAUAAAUAAAAAUAUUUUUAAAAAAUUAUAUAGAUAUAUACAUAUAUAUACACAUACGUAUAUAUAUACAUAUAUUAAUUCUACAUAUAUAUUUAUGUAAUAUUUUUACAUAAUUAGGUAUCUUAAUUAAUUACAAUUAGCAGGACCUGCCUGACAACCCAUGCCGAAAGUAAAGGGAAUUUAAUUUGCUAGCACUAUAUUUAACCCUAUAACUUUCCGAGACACCAUAAAACCUGUACAUGGGGGGUACUGUUCUACUCGGGAGACUUCGCUGAACACAAAUAUUAGUGUUUCAAAACAGUAAAAUGUAUUACAACGAUGAUAUCGCCAGUAAAAGUGAAGUUUUUUGCAUUUUUCACGCACAAACAGCAUUACACGGACAAUAUUAUUGCUGUGAUACUUUUUACUGUUUUGAAACACAAAUAUUUGUGUUCAGCGAAGUCUCCCGAGUACAACAGUACCCCUCAUGUACAGGUUUUAUGGUGUUUUCAAAAGUUACAGCGUCAAAUAUAAGGCUUGCAUUUCAGUUUUUUCACAUUAAAAUUCGCCAGAUUGGUUACGUUGCCUUUGAGACCCUAUGGUAGCCCAAGAAUGAAAAUUACCCCUAUGAUGGCAUACCAUUUGCAAUAGUAGACAACCCAAGGUAUUGCAAACGGGGUAUGUCCAGUCUUUUUUAGUAGCCACUUAGUCACAAACACUGGCCAAAAUUGGCAUUUUUUGCAUUUUUCACACACAAACAAAUACUAACGCUAACUUUGGCCAGUGUUUGUGACCAAAUGGCUACUAAAAAAGACUGGACAUACCCCAUUUGCAAUACCUUGGGUUGUCUACUAUUGCAAAUGGUAUGCCAUUAUGGGUGUAAAUUUCAUUCCUGGGCUACUAUACAGUCUCAAAGGCAACGUAACCAAUCUGGCGAAUUUCAAUUUCAAAUGUAACGUGCUAUAUUUGACCCUGUAACUUCCCAAAAUGCCAUAAAACCUGUACAUAGGGGGUACUGUCUUACACGUGAGACUUUACUGAAUAUAAAUAUGUGUAUUUUAUUGCAGUAAAAGCAAACAGUAUUAUGACAUUGACCGUUAAAAUGUCAUGUAGAACUAAAAAAAUCCAAGAAAAACGUAUUUUCUCCCAUUUUUUUCAUAUUAAAUUAUGUUUCAUAGCUAAAUAUUUGAUAUUAAAUGAAAGCCCUGUUUCCCCUGAAUAAAAUGAUAUAUAAUAAGGGUGGGUACAUUUACUAUGAAAGAGGUGUAUUACGGUUGGACAGACAUGUAGCGCAAAUGCCAGGUUUUGUUUACAUUUUGUUUUGUUCACAAUGUGUACAUUUGGCUCCGUCCUUAAGGGGUUAAAGACAGGAGACGAAUAUUUUCCCUCCCUUCGUUCACUCCGGAACCCACCCUCGAGGUAAGUCUUAUAGCCAAGGCUUAAUGUAUGAUACCGUUCUUACAUCCAAAUUUGCAAUAUACGAUUUACUCAUUUGUGGUUAUACAUCUAUCUCACAGGGUAUUAAUAGAUUCUAUUUUAUUUUUUCUAACUCUGUCAAUUCGUCUGAACUCUAAUUGGAAAUAGGGGGUAUAAUUAUAUAUUUUUCUCUUGUCCGAGAAACCUUACUUUCACGAAGUCUCUCUUCUUCUCUUUUAGUGUGAAGAGCUCAAGUUUGUUCGAUCAGCGUUCCGUUUACAUGGUUGA